GCUCAGAUCCUGGCCCCUCAGCUGUCACGCAGUAUUUGGGUGGGAGCUGAAUGAGGGUCUCAAUUCUUUCACUGUUCGCAUGAGCGUCGGUGCUGUUCAGAAGUUCGUCCUCAGUGCAGGUCAACAGCUGUUGAAGUCAUGUCUGCUUUUCUGCAUCACUGCCCAUUCCUGAAAUCCACUCCUGGUCUUUCUUUAAGGAAUGUGGCGGCAUUCCUUUGCCAGGCUGACCGAUGCCCCAUCAUUGUCCGCCAGAUCUCUGUAAAAGCCACCCAAUCAGUUGAUGAAAACGGUAUGCUUCCUUAUAAGGAGCCCAAGAGACAGCUGGCCACCACUGCCACUCAGGUAGCCAUCAACAUGUCCAAGAGCUGUCCCUUUGUUUCCUCCAAGAUCGGAUUGGUUAAGGCCAGUCCACAGGUGCAAGAGGAUGUUCAAGCAAUGCACCCCAAUGAAGCCAAUUCAGGCAUGAUGAGCUCACUGUUCAGUGGUUUACAAAGUUAUCACUCCAUUGGUCCUACACACCUUCUCCAGGACAACAUUGCCCAGCCCAGUUUCGACUAUGAUGACUUUUUUACCCAGAAGAUUGUGGAGAAGAGAAGUGAUCACACCUACCGUAUCUUUAAGACGGUGAACCGCUUUGCAGAGGUUUACCCUUUUGCUGAGGACUACUCUGUCCCGGGACGUGGGAGCUCCCAGGUGUCUGUGUGGUGCAGUAAUGAUUACCUGGGCAUGAGUCGACAUCCCCGCGUUGUCAAUGCAAUACGAGAGGCUUUGGAAAAGCAUGGUGCAGGAGCCGGUGGCACCAGGAAUAUUUCUGGUACGAGUAACUAUCACGUGGCCCUGGAGAGUGAGCUGGCCCGUCUUCACCAGAAAGAUGGAGCGCUGGUCUUUUCUUCCUGCUUUGUGGCCAACGAUUCUACCCUUUUUACUUUGGCUAAAAUGCUUCCAGGCUGUGAGAUUUACUCAGACAUGGGCAAUCACGCCUCUAUGAUCCAGGGCAUCAGGAACAGUGGGGCCAAGCGCUUUAUUUUCCGACACAAUGAUGCCAAUCACCUGGAGGAACUUCUUAGUCGUUCAGACCCACUUACACCUAAAAUUGUGGCCUUUGAGACUGUGCAUUCGAUGGAUGGUGCAAUUUGCCCACUAGAGGAGCUGUGUGACGUCGCACACAAAUAUGGAGCUUUGACGUUUGUGGAUGAGGUUCACGCUGUCGGGCUCUAUGGGGCGCAUGGAGCAGGUGUUGGAGAGAGAGACAAUGUCAUGCACAAAAUCGAUAUUGUCUCUGGAACUCUAGGUAAGGCAUUUGGCUGUGUAGGUGGGUACAUAGCCAGCACCGCCGCCCUGGUGGACUCUGUGCGCUCCUACGCCGCUGGGUUUAUCUUCACUACCUCCUUGCCUCCCAUGGUGCUGGCGGGGGCUUUGGAAUCGGUGCGUGUGCUGAGUAGCCCAGAGGGUCAAGCUUUACGUAGAGCUCACCAAAGAAACGUCAAACACAUGAGACAGCUGCUGCUGGAUGCCGGCCUGCCCGUGAUCAACUGUCCCAGCCAUAUCAUUCCCAUACGGGUUGGAAAUGCAGCGAAAAGCUCAGAGGUGUGUGAUAUUCUGUUGGAGAAUCACAAUAUCUACGUGCAAGCCAUAAAUUACCCAACAGUAGCUCGUGGAGAGGAGCUGUUGCGACUGGCCCCCUCUCCUUUCCAUAACCCCAUUAUGAUGAACUACUUUGCUGAGAAACUGUUGGAGGUCUGGCAGGAGGUGGGACUACCACUGAACGGGCCAGCGAUGGCUUCUUGUACCUUCUGUGAUCGCCCUCUCCACUUUGACCUCAUGAGUGAGUGGGAGAAGUCCUACUUUGGAAACAUGGAGCCAAGAUACAUCACUGUGGCAGCACAGUGAGUCAACCAGUCAGCACACCAAGAUGGCGAAGAUCUGUUUCAUCAUACACUUUAACAUGAUCAAUAAUUUUUGUCUUGGUAGCUAAAAUGAAUGUAGAGGGUGCUUAAAAAUGUCCAAUUAUUUUAUGCACUGUUUGUGGCAACUUGAAGUGUUUGUGUAUACAGUAGCUUGCUGACUGUUAUUAAGGAUGCAAUGAGAAUUUAUAUGUUUGUUUAAUAUGUAUCGCUAAAAUGACAAUAGGGCGAAAUUCCACAAUAGAUGUGUGUCCCUUCUGCAUGACAACAAACCUGCACAUGGGCACUUUUUGGUAAUACAUUUUUUAUCACAUUUUUGGACAUUAUUUCUUCCCCCUUAAGAUAUUGUAUUUGCACAUAAAUUAGCAUGUUUACUAACAGCUUACACAAAAACAAUGCCACUAUAUCCUCUUUGUGCUUUGGACCACUUUAUUAUCCUGAAUUUGUAUUUAUGAAUUUAGAAAUUCAAUAAACAUUCUCUAAUAAGUCUAAUAAAUUGCCACAGAUUAUCAGUUGAUUUCAAGUACUAGAAAAAGCAAGAAUAAGCGACUAUGUUAAUGUAUUUAUUCACAUCUGGCGAAAAUGGCUGAAAGACAUGUAGGAAACAUUUAUGUCACAAAAACUGCAAUAAAUAACUUUUG